AUGACACCUGGACAGCUAGCCCUCACCAGCGGCAACUACACCGCAGUCACCAAGUUCAUCUUGCUGGGAUUCUCCAGUUACCCAGACCUGCAGGACCUUCUGUUUGGAGCUUUCCUGGUCAUCUAUGCUGUGACAGUGGCAGGCAACCUGGGAAUGAUGGCCCUCAUCCUUACUGACUCGCGUCUCCAUAGCCCCAUGUACUUCUUCCUCAGUGCCCUCUCCUUUCUUGAUAUCUGCUACUCUUCCGUGGUCACACCCAAGCUCUUGAUCAACUUUCUGGUUUCUGACAAGUCCAUCUCUUUCAAGGGCUGUGUGGUCCAGCUGUCGUUCUUCGUGGUGCAUGUGACAGCUGAGAGCUUCCUGCUGGCCUCCAUGGCCUAUGAUCGCUUCAUGGCCAUUUGCCGACCCCUCCACUAUGGUUCAGUGAUGACCAAGGGGACCUGUCUCCAGCUAGUGGCUGCUUCCUACACAUUGGGUGGAGCCAACGCUGUGAUUCAGACUGGGAAUGUCUUUGCCCUGCCUUUCUGUGGACCCAACCAGGUAACACACUACUUCUGUGACAUCCCACCCCUUCUCCGCCUGGCCUGUGCCAACACAGACACAGCAGAAGUGGUCCUCUAUGUCUUCUCUGCUCUGGUUACCCUCGUGCCUGCCUCAGUCAUCCUCACCUCUUACAGCUGGGUCCUGGUAGCCAUCGGGAGGAUGCGCUCAGCAGCCAGGCGCGAGAAGGCCCUCUCCACCUGUGCAUCCCACUUUCUGGCCAUAGCCAUUUUCUAUGGCACCGUGGUUUUCACCUACGUUCAACCCCACGGGUCCACUGGGGAUACCAGUGGCCAAAUAGUAUCUGUCUUCUACACCAUAAUCAUUCCAAUGCUCAACCCCUUCAUCUAUAGCCUUCGCAACAAAGAGGUAAAGGAUGCCCUGAAGAGGAAAUGCCACCUCCACAGCUUUCCAUGUUGA